AUUUAGUUUUAAGACACAAACGAUGUGUUGUUCUUUCACUUGCACCAGAUGUGGGAUGUUUUACCAGCUACCUUCCCUGACACAAGUGGUAGCCCAGUAAGGUGCUCUGGAAAGCCACAUGGUUCUUCUAAAGCUCUGUGGCAUUGAAUGUGACCUGACCAUUUAUGCCACUCUCUCACAUCAAUCUGUUGGGUGGAGAGCAGACUUGCUGAGCAUUGAAUCAUAUUAUCUUCUGUGGUCUCCAGACAGACUUCAGGACAGCAGCUUUCUAAAACAGAAAAGUUUCUCUUCUUAAUUGAAUUAUUCAUUACCUGACCAAGGGUGACUUCUCUGGAGGAGAGCAAACACACGACCUGGAGAUAAUGGCCACCUCACAAGUUUUUGGUCACUGGUGGGAGGUGAUGCUGCUUCUCAAGGAUGAAGUUGGUGGACUUAUUGACACUGAUAAAAGUGCUCCUCUGUCUGUAAUUGAAACCUUGGAGAAAGAGCUGAACUGUUCUAGUUGAUCUUUUCCCAGAAUAAUUCUACUUAAAGCAAACAUUUGUAGUGGAAAAUUCCUGCCUAAAGUGUUGCAGAGAGUUAAAAGCGAGUAGAAACAGGUUCUUGAAAAGUCAGACAGCGUGAUGAAUAGAGGGCUCUCCUCUCUCCACACGUAAAAAUGUAAACCAAGUGCAACCAAACACUUCCUGCUGCAAAUCACAAGGGGGUUGAGUUUCAUAAAGGGUUUCAGUAGGGGACAAAAGCCUGGGGUUUGGUCCAAAUGCUGUUAAAGUCAGUGAGAGGCUUUCCCUUUGGUUCUGGUGGGCUUUGGAGCCAGGCCAUGGUGAGCACUUGAAGGCCAACCUGACCUUUCACAGGGAGACAAAGCUGAAGGCUUAGUUUCAUCUCUCUUGUACUUGCUGCAGCCUGAUUAAAAUCAGUGGGAACCCAAGAAACUUUGCACUUUGAGGCGUUCAGCCCUUGAAGACUAGUCUGACAUUUAAGUCAGGUUUGAUGCUUAAAUGUCAACAUUUCGCAAUAAGUAGACUCCAAAGACUAAAACUUGUCUGGCUUGCUUUAUGCUGUGUGAUUUAGUUCCUUAGUUUUAGGCAUGGCACUUAGGGAAGUUUUCCGAAGAGCAAUUCCUUUGUACAGACCAUCCAGAUGUACUUCUUUCAUCUUGGUAAAUGCUGCCUCUGUUUCUUGCUGGCUUUGCCCUGGUGCUUUUUUUCUGCAGUGUAAUCUUUUCUUCAUCUCACCAUGGUGACCAGGCUUGCAAACUUCCUACUAUAGAAAAUUUGAACAAAGCCCCAGGUAUUAAAGACUCUUGGCUGCAUUAGCAAGUGCUUCAGUCUUGUUUUUUCAAAGACUUGAAAGGUGGAAGCAAUCAGGUGAUAGACUGUCUUAAGGAAUUUGGAGAGGAAAUAAGAUGUGUUUUAUAUGCUCAAUGUUCACAGGAGAAACAUAUGAGGAUUUCAUGCUUGGAAAGGUAGCUUGCUUGAAGGUGUUGCAAUACAAACUGCAGUUUUUGUAAAUCAUUUAAAUAGUGUAUCCUGAUACUGACGGUAUGUUAUACAGAAGAAACUACAAAUGUUUUCCUUCUGAAUUUAUUUUGUUUACUUGAUAUUUAUAACUUCUUAAAAUAAGUUGUCAUUUUUUUCAAUAGUUUUUUACCUAAAAUAUGCUUAAAAUAUUCUUGUUGUCCCUUCUGUAUUUCUUUUUGUCAUUGCUUUAUUACAAUGAUGGAGCAUCUGUAAGGUUCAAUAGAAAUGGAAUUAUCAUAAAAUUAAUGUCACUGUUCAUAUAUUAGGAAGGUUCCUUAGACUUUGGCAAGUGCUUCUACUCUAUAUUAAAAUAAAUGCAUAGUUUUGGCUCCAAAUACAGUUUCAUUUUACUCAUUGAGAAACAGGAAGGGUUUUAUGAACAUUCAUACAACAGUAAGCCACCUGUGUGUUUGUGCAAUUAAUUAUCAUAGUACUUUGUCAGCAGACUUGUGAUGUAACUUAAGCGUGCAGAAUACGCUCCCAAAAAGUGCUUAGAAUCAGUUCUGCUAGAUAGUUAUUCUCCUCUCUGGAGACUGAGCAGAGAGCUGGGAAUCAGGAGUUUUUGCAUUUUAAUCACUGUCUAAAAUUGAAUUGCUCUGUUUGGGUGACCUUUUAAAAAGAUGUCUCCGUAGUCUUCUGGGAGUAUGAAGACAGCAAUCUCAGUGAGACACGCCUGGGAUUUUUCUGAGGAUUAAGGGGUUAACUGAAGAUUUAAAAAACCCAACAAAGAACAAAUGAACAAACACACCAAAACCAGAUUUUGAUGGCAAAAUUGCAAUGUAUUAUCGUAUGUAUUACUUGAACUAGUCUCAAUAUUUUACUUAUGUGGAAAGGCUUUUGGAGAGUAGGAGUGAUGUCAUUAUUAUUGCAUUUAGGGUGGUUAAAUCAAUGUACACAUUUUUCUACGCUUGAAAAAUGAGUUAGUGUUCCAAAGUAUUUCAACCAACAUUUGUUUCCUUAUAUUUCAGCUACCUGACUGCAAAUAACAACCAGAAUUUCUUGUAUACUGGAAGGCCUUUUUUGAAGAGAGCUGCUUUGGUGAUAAGCUACGUGAUCCUCGUGUUGUAUUUCCGUCUCUGGAUAAUGGGAGGUUCCAUGCCAAUGUUUUCAGAGCAGGACAAUCCAGCCUCCUUCUCACCGUAUUUACUGACAAGGUUUUUAACUUAUUCCUACCUUCUGGCCUUCAAUGCCUGGCUCCUGCUGGCACCGAUCACCCUGUGCUACGACUGGCAGGUCGGCAGCAUCCCUUUGGUCGAGUCCAUCUGGGAUGUGAGGAACUUAGCCACAGUGUUCCUGGUGCUGGUGAUGGCAUUACUCAGCCUACACUGCAUUGCUGCAUUCAAGAAACUGGAACACAAAGAAGUUUUGGUUGGCUUGUUGUUCCUGGUUUUCCCAUUCAUCCCAGCCAGCAACCUCUUCUUCAGGGUGGGAUUUGUGGUGGCAGAGCGAGUCCUUUACAUGCCGAGUAUGGGGUACUGCAUCCUUUUUGUCCAUGGCCUAAAAAAGCUUUCUACAUGGCUAAAUAAAUGGAGAAUUACUGUUCCGGCCCUCUUUGCUUUGCUGCUGCUGCUUUUCUCUUGGAAGACCGUGAAACAGAAUGAAAUCUGGCUAUCACGAGAAUCCCUUUUCAGCUCAGGAGUGAAGACCCUGCCCCACAAUGCCAAGGUGCACUACAACUAUGCCAAUUUUCUGAAAGACCAGGGCCGUAACAUUGAAGCAAUCUACCACUACAAAACUGCUCUCAAGCUGUACCCUCGUCAUGCAAGUGCUCUCAACAACUUGGGGACGUUGACCAAAGACGUCGUGGAGGCUAAGGAUUACUACAGACGGGCCCUGCAGCUCAACCCACAGCACAAUCGAGCUCUCUUCAACCUUGGCAACCUGCUCAAGUCCCAAGGGAAGAAGGAGGAGGCUGUAAUCUUGCUGCGGGACUCCAUUAAGUACGGCCCAGAGUUUGCAGAUGCUUACUCAAGCCUGGCGUCACUGUUGGCCGAACAGGAACAGCUUAAGGAAGCUGAGGAGGUCUAUAAGGCUGGCAUAGAGAAUUGUCCAGAGAGCUCCGAUCUGCAUAACAACUAUGGUGUUUUCCUGGUUGAUACUGGGUCUCCCGAGAGAGCCAUGUCCCACUACAGGCAGGCCAUCCUCCUGAGCCCCGCUCACCACGUGGCCAUGGUGAACCUGGGCAGGCUUCAUCGCUCCCUGGGGCAGAACAAGGAGGCUGAGGUGUGGUACAAGAGGGCACUGAAGGUAUCCCGGAAGGCUGAGAUCCUGUCCCCUCUGGGAGCUCUCUAUUACAACACAGGGCGAUACGAAGAAGCGCUGCAGGUUUACAGGGAAGCAGCAGCACUGCAGCCUUCCAGCAAGGACAUCCGACUGGCACUGGCUCAGGUUUUGGCGAUGAUGGGGCGGACGAAGGAAGCUGAAAAGAUGACGAACCAUAUCCUUAACGAGGAUGCAGAGUGUCUGGAGUGCUACCGCCUUCUGUCAGCCAUCUACAGCAAGCAGGAGCUCUAUGCCAAGGCACUUGAAGCUAUAGAAAAAGCGCUUCAGCUAAAACCAAAGGAUCCAAAAGUCAUAUCAGAGCUCUUUUUCACUAAAGGAAACCAGCUAAGAGAACAGAAUCUCCUUGACAAGGCUUUUGAGAGCUAUAAACGGGCUGUGGAGCUCAACCCAGACCAAGCACAGGCCUGGAUGAAUAUGGGAGGCAUUGAGCACAUCAAGGGGAGCUACAUCACUGCCCGUGACUACUAUGAGAAAGCCUUACAACUGGUUCCAAACAGCAAGCUGCUGAAGGAGAAUCUGGCCAAGCUGGAUCGCUUGGAGAAACGGUUUCAAGAAGUCCAGGAGAAAGACCAAACAUAGCAAUCAGUCACCAGCAGAGAGACACUCAUGCCCCUUGGAGAAGAGUAUGGUGGAAGCCUGUUGCUCAGAGUGAUGCUGAAAGAACUUUGAUAGGACUCAGAAUUAUGGAAGGCAAACUUCAAAUGCAUGCUUAGGUUCGAUCAAAGUUACAGGAGACACUUGGGUCCUGUGGGACAUGCUGGAGCAUGAAUGAAAACCUUCCUUUAAUCAAGAUUUAUGUCUAGGCUGAGCCCAAGUUAGUCACACUGGGAGUGUGGGUGGGACAUGUACCUUCAAUAUCUUGGUUGUCACCAGGGAAACCAUGGAGACAAAGCACUCAUUCAUUGCAGGAGGGGUGAAGUAGCAUCUCCUGUUACUCCACACAGACUCACCUCAUCCAUGUAGAGCACCAGUGAUGGGCUUCAUUGCAAGUGCUGCAAACAGGAAAGAUGGUCAUAAUGGUCACAUAAAAAAGGUUCCAAGGGGUUAAUGCUGAGGAAAUGGUGGUCACUUUUACAGCUCUAAAUGUGACUUGAAAGUUAUUCUAAAGAAAGGGGAAGCUAAUUAAAUAUCACCCUAGAAGGAUGAUUCUACAAGUAGACAGAUGAUCCUUUGGCAGAAAACCUAGUCUGAAUGUUUUUACUCAUUAGACAAUAAUUUUGUAGUAAUUCAGGUUCAUUAUGUCACUUUUGUCAAAUAUCAUAUGGCUUUACCCCUUGCCCUCUCCCUCCAGGCCAAAUAAUUAUUAUCUGAAAAAAAUUGAAGCAUCCAAAGGCAAUGGGAAGCUCUAGGAUUACUUGUCCUUCUGCUCAGUCCCCAGUAUGGAAAACAAACAACCUAUCUAAUGAAUAUAGGAGGUAAAGUAAAGCCACAGAGAGAUUAGGGAAUAUUUCCUAGCCUGGAAAGGUACGAAGGAGGCUCUUUUAUGGGUGUGCAGGGACAAAGCCUAUUUAUCAUGGUGAUAAUACUGACAAAAUAGUUGGUCAAAGUGUUCUCACCAUUCCCCUAAGAGAUACAGAAAAUUACCUAUAGCUGGUCAGUCAUAAAUCUAUAUUUUUAAAUACUGAUAUGGGAAAAUAAAUUCUAUUCAGAACUGGGGCUUUUAUUUUUGAGCUUUAUUUAUUUAAAUUAUCAUAUUCAAAUAAUUAAUAUAUUUUCUCUGUUUUAUACGAAUUGGGCAAUAUCCUUCACAGCUGGCCACAUGGUUGGGCAUUGUGACUCAUAUUGUCUGAAGUUAGAAAAAGGGAGUACCAAUGAGGCAUGCUGGAAUAAUUCCCUCUCGUGAUUCUAAAGCAAGAGGCUGCUGAGCACAUUGGACCACACUGGCCCUGCAAUAGCAGCACUUCUGCUGCUUCCACCAGUUCACAGGGAGUGUUAGUGGGAUCCUGCUUCGUGCCUUUGGGUUUGGACAUCAGGGUAGGUCAUCAGUUUGUUCCUCUUGCUGCACUAAACUGCUAGAAAAGUUGUUCUGCUCAAGCUUGACUGUGGCCAGCAGCCCAGAGUGUGGCAUUAUUAGUACUGUUCAGUUAGAUGUGCAAUGCCUUAAAACACAUCUGUCAGGAAAAGCCUGUGUGGUGGGCAUGCCUGUGUGGCCCGGAUUUAGCUGGCCAUGGCACCUCAGCACGCUCCAAAUUCCCUCAGUGGGAUGAUGGUUCAGCCACGUGCUGGUGGUUUUGCUGGUUUCAUUUGAAAAGCCUGGUGUCUUGCUGAAGGUGGUGGUCAAAUUACUGAUGAAUUAUUAAUGUGACUCCAACUGCAUUUGAGCUCAGAGGGAGUCCAGGUGCAGUUGUCUGCCCUGCCAGGGUUUAUGGACUUGCCAGGGCCAUGGCUGUGCACCCACUGAGACCAGGCUGGACUGGUCCCCACUGGCCAAAGAGACCAGCCAAGGAGGCAGCUGGGCAGAACAGAAAGACGGCUGGGGGGAAGAGAUGGCACCACAAAUGUUUGGGCUCUCUCCCUCCAAACCAGCUUCCAGGUUGCCCUGCUGGCUGCCAUGCACAGAGUAGCUUUGCACACUCCUGGGCUGCCAGGAUGACCAGGAGGAGGUGGCAUCAUGCCAACACAGUCCCAUGGGAUGGGGAAACCAAAGCUUAAAUGGCCUCUGAAAGCAGUCAGUUCCCUGGCAUGCAUUGCAAGGUUUUAGAUGGUUCCUUACUGGGAUAUUCAGAGGUACCUGGACCAGAAAGCUCCCUGCCUGUCCCCAAGGUGAGCCUGUCUUUGGGGCAGCUUCCCAAAGCCCCGUUUACCCAGGUAUACUGGCUGUGGUGCAGUGAAUUUGGGGGCUGGCAGAACAGUGUUUGUUGCAGCCCUGACAGUGGUACUGUGCGAAGCCCCUCAGGAAGGAGGCAUCUGCAGAGUGCUCUGACAGCCAGCUGAAGCUUGGGGGUAGCAUGGGGGGAGAUAUGCCUCCUUUAAAAGUGUGUAUCAACUAUAAACUUUUCCUCAUAAAGAUAUAUUAAAUAAAUACUAUAUAUUCUACAGGCCUCGCUGCAGUUUGUGGCUUUAAAUAGUGGCCAAUGAAACAUAUUUUUUCAAAUACAGAAGUUGUAUUUUUUAUAGCAAUGCUUUGUUAGGGGGAAGACCUAGUUUUAUGUUUUUAACUUCAGCAUAAAUCUUAGUUUGUCUUUCCUGAGAGACCUGGUAGAAAUUACUGUCUCCUGCUUGUCCUAAAACCUGAUCAAAGCCAUCUCGACCUCCUAAAACUGGUGUAUGUGUAGAAGUAUAAUAUUGCUUUGGAUGCCCCCCUCCCAGAUCCUGAAGAAGGAUUGAUUACUAUUUGUGCAACACUGUCUUACUUGCAGAAAAUGAAGAAAGAUGAGACCCAUGCUCCCAGUAAGGAGGUGGUUUGGUUGGAAGGCAAGGCAUAUCCACUUGCCUGAAUUAGGCAGGUAAUAUAUCCAGGGAUUUUAAUGCCAGUUGAACCAGUUUACAUUUCAGUUUACAUUCUGAAAGGCCAGCUCUCCACAGUUUGGAGCUGGGUUUAUGGUAGUUAGGGAUAGAGGAGUGCUCAAUAAUGAACCCCACGUUCCUGAACCAGCACUUUAUACCCCAUCUAUGCAGGAUGACAGGCUGCAAACUGGCAGCACCUUUGGAGAAUGGCUCAGACCAUGGGCUACCAAAGCAGUUACACCCUUGUGAAGUUCUGAGCUGACUCCCUGUCCUGUUGGCACCCAUGCUGAAGCCCUGUAUUUGUUCAGGGCAUUAAUCACGUUAAAGGUUUAUUGCAGGCAAAGAAGAACAGAGUAUGAUAUGCAAUGGGUUACCUCCACUGAAAUGGAAUGCUAUUGUAAAAGAUAAAUUGAGCAACUUACCUUGUGAUAACUUUAUAUUAUCUUAAUACAUCAUAGGAAAUGUUCUCUGCCUCUAGCAUUGCACAGCUUCUAAAAUAAUGAGUUAUAAAUACAUUGUUUUCUGCCAGCUUCAGUGCUCAGCAUGGUUAGCAGAGAUUGCAAAUUAAUAAAUGGCUGAAGAUCUGC